ACGGUAAGGGAUGUUAGCUAUCGGCCUCCGGGGACCCAAAUCAACCUUUUGAAUGAAGUUAACAUUUGCCUUCCUGAAAAAAGUUUUGGCUUGAUUUUUGGACGGAGUGGAAGCGGAAAAACUACACUCUUGCAGCUUAUUGCAGGAUUGACCAAACCAACAUCAGGCUCCAUUUAUAUUCAAAGAUAUGAUAACGAUGGCAAACCAAAUCAAUCUCUUGAACAAUUAACUCCAGAAAGAGUUGGUAUUGUUUUUCAGUUUCCUGAGAGGUAUUUCAUAACCGACAAUGUUCUUGAUGAAGUCACAUUUGGAUGGCCAAGGCAGAGAGGUGACCUUCAAUUGAAAGAGCUUCUUGCUUCAAGACUCCAAAGAGCUAUUAUUUUGGUUGGUCUGCAUGGAAUCCCCUUGGAUAAAGAUCCUCACUCCUUAAGUGGUGGCUACAAAAGGCAGCUGGCCCUAGCAACUCAAUUAGUACAGAUUCCCAAUUUAUUGAUAUUGGAUGAACCUCUUGCUGGUCUUGGUAUGAAUGGACAUACACCUCACCAGAAUUUCCAAUGGCUCGGGUAA